UGUGUGUGUGUGUUGGUGUCUCACAUGGGUGCCUUCUGCCUUUUAAUGUGCCAGUCCAUUUCUGUCUCUCUUCCUCCCUCUCUCACAUGCAGAUUCAGAUUGAUGCCUUUAUGGGCAUGACUGCAGUGAUGCUCAUGAAUAACUCAUGAAUAAUACAUACAUACAGACAUGUUUUUAUACCUAUAUGUAUAUACAUCCUAGAUAUAAAAGACAACAUAUCCAAACAAAACAAAACAAAAAUCUUAUUAAUGAUGGUUAAAAAGUAGAAUCAUACUGAAAGCAAAAUGACAGUUAAUAACCCCCCCCCUUCUCUCCUCUCUGUCCCUCCCUCUCUCCCUCUCUCCCUCCUUCCCUCUCUGUCUCCCUCCUUCUCUACUUCCCUCUCUCUCCUUCCCUCUCUCUCUCCACCCCUCCCCCUCCUUUCUCUCUCUCUCCUCAGGGUCUUAUGUCAUCCCAGUGUGUGGCCUUGCCCAGUCGACCGUGAAGUAAGGUCCCUCCGCAUAUACGAUGGAGGUCUACCCCAGGCCCUGAAGAAGUGAAGUGAAGUAAACAAGUGGAAGAAAGAAAGAAAGAAAGAAAAGAGAAUGCUUGUGGAACGUGUACAGCAGCCUUGUGAGUUCCUCCCAUCAGACUCCCACUGAUCUCCAUCUUCGUGAGCGCAGGAGGAACACUUAAAGUGGAGUCUCCAGCAAAAGAGAAAGAGAGGGAGAAGAUCAAAGGCACAACACGGAAAUUUUCCAUGGAUAACACGGAUGUCGUGGUUGUCCUAGAUGUUGAACACUUGGAUUUCACCUGUGGCAUUUGAGGAAACCUUUCAUCUCUGGCAAAGCAGAAAUCCCUCUUCCGCUCACCCUCUGGCCCUUCCUCAUCCCCCGCUAUACCCCCUGCUGAGACCUCGCCACAUUGCCCUCCACCGUUGGUGCCAUAUGAGUGACUCCACCUCUGCUCAGCUCACCACCGCCCCCUAGUGGUAGCUCCACAGGAACACUCUCCACAGGAGGCUGUUUUUGAAGCGCUGCUGGUGGUGGCGGGGGGACCAAGGGGGGCUCAGACUGGCUCAAAGACCCCCCCCUGCUCUGCUGAUGGGGAGCCCCCACGGUGUGGGACCCCUUCUGGGGGGGUUUAGGUCUACCACCGCCUCCCUGGAAGUCGCGGGCUGGAUAGCAGCGUGGCCCGGCAACUCCUCAACCAUCACCCUCCUGAACCAGACCGGCGCCGUCUGGGCGGAGCCUGAUGCCAACCUGUCGCAGUACCCGACGGGGCCUGACGGGGUCGGGCCCGGCGCCAGCAACGUGGUGGAGCGCGAGGCGAUGAAGGAGAAGAACUGGCCAGCGCUGCUCAUCCUCAUCAUCAUCUUCCUCACUAUCGGCGGGAACAUCCUGGUGAUACUGGCCGUGUCGCUGGAGAAGAAGCUGCAGAACGCCACCAACUUCUUCCUGCGCUCGCUGGCCGUCGCCGACAUGCUCGUGGGCAUUCUGGUCAUGCCCAUCUCACUCAUCAACAUCCUGUAUGACUACGCCUGGCCUCUGCCCAAUGCCCUGUGUCCCAUCUGGAUCUACCUGGACGUGCUGUUCUCCACGGCGUCCAUCAUGCACCUGUGUGCCAUCUCUCUGGACCGCUACGUGGCCAUACGCAACCCCAUCGAGCACAGCCGCUUCAACUCCCGCACCAAAGCCAUGCUAAAGAUCGCCGUGGUCUGGACCAUCUCCAUAGGGAUCUCUAUGCCCAUCCCGGUGAUCGGCCUGCACAACGAGGACAAGGUGUUUGUGAACGGCAGCUGCGUGAUGAACGAGGAGAGCUUCAUGCUGGUUGGCUCCUUCGUCGCCUUCUUCAUCCCGCUGGUCAUCAUGGUGGUCUCCUACUGCCUGACCAUCCAGGUGCUGCAGAAACAGGCCUGCGUCUUCCUCGACCGGAAGAACUCCUCCCAGCAGCCCUUGCAGCCGCCGCCGCUGACGUCGGAAGCCCCCCCGGGCUCCGCCACGCCGGGGACGUCCGUGCCCUCUCGACGCAGUAGCCUGAACUGCCUGCGGGGGGCGUCGUCGGGGUUGUCACAGAACACCACGCCGUGCUCCGACACCAUCUCCAUCAUCCCCAGCUCGGAGGCCCCCUCCCAGCUCAACUCCCCCGCCGCGGGGGCCGGGCGCGACGCGUCGUCGGGCGCCGGUAGCUACGGCAGCGGUCGCCGGGGCAUGAUGCAGGCCAUCAAGAACGAGCGGCGCGCCUCCAAGGUCCUCGGCAUCGUCUUCUUCCUCUUCCUCAUUAUGUGGUGCCCGUUCUUCGUCACCAACGUGCUGUACGUGCUCUGCCGGCACUCGUGCAACGAGCCGCUGCUGGCCGAGCUGCUCAACGUCUUCGUGUGGGUGGGCUACAUCUCGUCCGGGGUCAACCCGCUCGUCUACACCCUCUUCAACAAGACCUACCGCAACGCCUUCUCCAGCUACCUGCGCUGCCAAUACCGGGCCUCGGCAGCCAAUGGUGGGGUGCUGCUCAAGCCCGUGCCGCUGCACGUGGUGCCGUGUCCGCCCUCGCACAUGGCCACGCCCGUGCUGGUUGGCGGGAAGGGACAGGUGGGGGCGGCGGUGGUGGACCGCAACAGCAACUGUAAGAACGGCGACGGGAGCGCUCUCCGCAACCUGGAGCUGGACGAUCCCGCCGAAGACACGGAGAUGGAGAUCAGGGCCGGGGCCCCCGGGCUGCUGUCCGUCAACAGCCGCCACGCCCCCAGAGAGGACACCAGCACCGUCUGAUUGGCUGGUUGGUUUGGCUUUCGCAGGGAUGGCAGGAACUACAUUAUGGGAUUCCGUGCCGAGGGAGAUUUCCCAUCAUCCCUGUGACAGGCGUCAGGACACGUGUGCAUGCUAGCUGACAGCCUGUUGUACAGGGGAUGCUGGUGUCCCCCGGCCAUCAGCUAUAGACCCUCAAUGGAACCAAUCCAUAGACGCAGGUUUCUCAGUUCAUACGUCAGUGAUGAACAGAAGUAGUGAACUCACAAAUCUAACUCUCAUACCUCCUUUGUGAAUAUUCUUGAAAACAAAUCAGCAUAUUUGUGUUGAGGCUUCUAGCGAGACCGCGUGGCACUUCUUUCAGUGACCACAAGCUCAUGUUUACAUGCAAAAAUGUAUGUGAAUUGAAGUGAUGAUGCAUGACGACGAAACUGUUUUUUUUUUCAUCACAGAUGUUGCGUGCAGUAGUCAAUGACCUUGAUUGGAGUCAGACCGCCCUCUGGUGGCCAUUUUUGAAAGUGAGCUCAAAUUAAAAAAUCUGAUAUAAAGACUUUUAUUUUCAAACCUCACCCCAUUCCCAAAUAUAAACCAAUGUUAUAUCCUUUUCAAACGACAAACAAAACGAAACAUCCAUUAUGUUGUUGAAAUGAACAGGGGAGGCGAUGACUGAAAAAGGUUUGGGUUUUUCAACUUAUUCAACAGGCUGGCGUUGCAUCGCCUAUUGAACACACUGCCAUCCGAUCAUAUGUCGCAAAAAAAUGUUCAGAGGAACGGGUUUACACAUUAGACCUUUGAUCUGGAUCCUGCAGGCCAUCUUUCAAAUCCUGAAGCAAGAUAUUUAGUUUACGACAUAAACACAUUCAGGUUACAAAGAUGUACUGUAAGGGCAACGACGGAAAACACCUGGCUGAAAGGUUUACACGUGUCAGAACCUUACAGCACAGUAGAAUGCAUUAGAUGGGUACUUAAUCUGACUCCAUUAAAUUACUGAAUUACUUACAAUAUUACCAGUAUAGAGGCCAGUUUUUAGAUGUAAUGGCAAGGCACACAAGCAGUUAUAGGAAUGGUUAAUGAAUGAACAGUUUAUUAAUACAGUAAACAGUGAACUUAAAUCUUAGAAGAAUGUAAGGGUUGGAGGCCAAUUAGACCAUAUACUUGAAUGAUCAAAUACACCUGAUGAACCUGCACGCAUGAGAUGGAAAGAACAUGACCCCAAACCUAAGAUGAAUGAGGGAGAGAGAGAAGCAUGGUGAAGGAGAGACAAACAGACAGAGAGAGAGAA